UUUGGACGGGUGGCACGUAUUUUAUGUUUGAUUUGGUUUGAUAUUCAAAAUGGUUGAGGAAUCUUCUAUAGACAACGAACUAUUAAUUUCUUUAGUGGAACAAUGUCCCGUUUUAUGGGAUAAAACUUUGGAACUUUAUAAAAAUCGCGUCGCAACUCAAGCGGCUUGGAAGGGAAUCAUGGUAAUAAUUGAUCCUAAUUUUGAGACAAAGGAAGAAAAAACAAGACAAGCCUUAGCUAAAACGAUUAUUCAACGGUGGACUCAUAUAAGAGAUAAUUAUAAUCGAUCGUAUAAAAAGAUAAAAGAUCAGAAAAGCUCAGGAAGUGGCGCCAAAACAGCAAAGCCUUAUGUAUAUAGUAAACAGUUAUCUUUUCUGCAGAAAGUAAUAGAACCUAAAAAGACAGUAAAUAAUGCUACUACCGAAAAUAACAACACGGAAUCCAAUAAUAACACAGAAUCCGAAAACCAGAAAAAAAAUUCUGAGGGUGGAAAUGAAACAUUGGAAACAAACUCUAUAGAGACACAUGACACAAUGGCGGCAAAGAGCCCAAUACCUAAUCGUGUACCUAAAAGAUCUCUAAAGAAUAUGAUUAGUCCUGUUGAUGCGAAGAUGAUGAAAUUUAUGGAUUCUUAUUCGAAUAACGAACCUAAAACAAUGAAUCGGCAUCUUUCAUUUUUUAAUGGGAUAUUACCAUCCUUAGAUAAGUAUGACGAUGAUGAAGUCCUUGAAUUCCAAAUGGGUGUGUUACAGUUAAUGAAAAAAAUUAAAAACAGUCGCCAAAUUCGUGAAUCGUCGUCUUUCAACUGUGACAACUGUGUGAAGACUGCGGCUAUUCGUCUUUUACACGAAUGAUAAUUUACCGUGUGAAGACCCGGAUGAUUGUACGUUAAAACAACGAAUACGAAAAAAACGUGCAGGACAAUGCCGUGUGAACGAAGCCUAAAGCUGUUACUUCUAUCUUUCUUCCGAAUAGCUCUACAAGUGUUGGUAAAAGGCUAGCUUACGGUAUAAAACAUCUUAAUUUCCCACUAGAGUUCCUGAAACUAGAUUAAGUGUCAAUCUUUGUAUGAAGAUUAGUGUGAAAUUGAGGAAUAUCUGGAACAUUCCAAGCAAACGAAGACAAUAAAAUACUUAUUGCAAACAUCCAUCUCCUUACAAAACAGAAGACGGGUCUCCUUUAACAGUGAGGUGUGUUUAAAUUUGAUAUAGAUUGAGCACGUGUCUCAGACAGGGUUAGUAAGGGAGCUCGUUUCUUUCACUUUGAUUCCUUAUAUAUUGGCAACAACUUAUUACCUUUAUCUUUGUCCACUUUGCUACAUUUCUGCAUGCCAAUUUGUUUUUUUACAGUGAAAUGGAUUAUCCUUAAGUUUUGUGUAGUUGAAACGAUGUUGGUAAAAAAUAAAAAUUCAUUGAAUUGUUUUGUAUCAUACAGACAACAUAAAAAUGUAGUUUUAAUAGAAUAAUGAGAGAUAAUUGUUGAUUUACUGAGAGGCUAAAAAAUUUUAAUUUUCUCAAAAGUAAGAAA